AUUUUGAUGCUGGUAUGAAGAAAUAUCUCUGCCUUUUGAUCGUAUCUCGUGUCUCUCCUUCUUUGAGAAACCUGAACGUGCGAUUGAAUUUCUUGAGGAUUUAAACACUCAGCUACAGGGAUUCUUCGUGAAUUUCAGCAAAUUACGGAAAUGUUGAUCCUACAUUCUUAUAUUCGGUUGAUGUAUGGGAGCUCAUAAAAUUGAGUUGGCGGUUUGAAUCAGGGCUUGGUUAUGGGAAAAGGUGUUGACUGAAAUUAUAUAAUAUAUGUAGCAACAGAAUGGGGAAGAACUUGCGUCAGCAGGACUCUCAUAUGCCGUUGAACCAUGGCCCAGGAUGUAUGUGGGGAAUAUUUCAGCAUUUGCAUCGUAGUAAGUGGCAAAGUGUCAGGAAAAGGCUUCCUCAUAAGAGACAUGCUUCGGCAAAAAAUUCCUCUGAUCAAGAGAGUGCGGGAACUGGUACGGAGACUGCUGAAAUCCCAGAAAACAUUGAAUCUGCAGUCGGAAGUUCUGCUGUCGAAACAAAAUGCGUGGAGCGUGGUCCAGCACCAAAAACCUCAAUUAAAUCUCGACUAAGAGCUUUAAUUACAGAGGAGAUGUCUAAAAGGAGGGGCCGCCAUCGCAGGAGUUCUUCUUGCCCCAUAAGGACACAGUCAGAAACAGGGUCAUCUUCUGAGAAUAAUCCGAAAGCUGAGUUAUUGGGGUGUCAUGGUAGAGCACACUCAGUUGCUUUAUUGGACCCUCCCUUGCCAAAAGACGCGGAAGAAAACAGCAGCAACAAAAAUGUGUGUGGGGUGUGUGCCACAAUGCUCAACUCAAAUUACUUGAAGCAAAAUGCGGUUGAUAAGGUAGGGGGAGAACCAGCUAGAGAUCACACUCUUCUUCAAGGCAAGUUGAUAUGUGCGGUCGAGCCUAGUAAAUGUGCUUCACUUCAAGAAUCAAAGCUAUUUAUGGACGCCUUAGAUUUGCUUAACAUGAGAAAAGAAGUAUUCCUGAAAAUCAUGCAAGAUCCAACUUCUUCAUUAGCUCAUCAGUUGCAGUGCAGGCAGAUGGCCAAUUUGAGGUCUGGAUUGACCAAGUCGGUCUCAUUUCCAGCGUCUUGUUCAUCGGAAGUUAGAACUUGUAAGUCGUACAAUCCUGUAACCAAACAGGAAAAACAGGACAAUGAACUGCAUCGUCGUAUGGAAGUGACGAAAGAAGUCAAUAAGCAUUUGCCGGCAUUAAAAGGUUCGUAUACGGAGCUCGAGCUUUCAGGCAAUGCUUCUCCAAGUUCAGCCAACAUGCUGAGGAAAAGGCAAGAUGGAAGUGUUGCCCUCAAUCGUUUCAAGAAUCUCAGAGAGAAAAUAAAACAUGUAAUCAGGGACAGAAAGAAAGAGUCGAAUCGGAUUAUUAUGGACGCAGUGCAACAUAAAGUUCCUUAUGGUCGUGGAGUCUCAAGGGAUGGAAAUGACGAUGGUCAUAUGACUCCAGACUUCAACAAGUUUAGCCAGUACAGUCCUGGCAGCAGUUGGAGUAGCCAACUACGUUCUGAUUUCAGCAAAAGCCCAUUGCAACGCUUCAAAAGAACAUCCUCGUUUAAUGAAUCGGUUGAUAGGUACAAUAGGUUACUUGAGAUUAACUUAAACAGAGAAACAAAAGACCAGAUCUCUGAGAGGGUAAGGUCCAGAACAGACACAGCCUCACCUAUUCCAGAAAAACGUCCUACACUGGGAAGGAUUCUUUCGCUUCCUGAUCUCAGGUCUUACUCCUUCAUUCAUAUUGAUGAUUCUCCCAGCAAUAGUUCUUUGCACACAUCCGACACAUUAGCUGCAGGAAACAUAAGUGCCGGAAAUAUUGGCCUAACUGAACAAAGGCCAUUAUAUCGUCUAGGUUCAGAGAAUAAAAUUCACCAAUAUGGUGUUUUAGAAACUGAAAGUCAAGAAAACUUGUUUAAUGCGGGAGAGACUUUUGAGGAUUCAGCUGAUUCAAAGACCUGGGAGACUGCAUCAUCCUACGAUUUGAAUUUUGAAACUGUCUUGAGUUCAGCUCCUCAGUCAUCAGAGCCAUAUCAGGUUUCUGGGAAUGAUUCCAACUGUCAGGCUGAUGAAAUUGGCCAAGGGCUUGCCGUAUCUGUGUUAGAUGAUACAAAGUCUGAACAAAGGCACCCAUCUCCGAUGGAAGAGGAUUGGAGAUGGCAUUCUGCAGAGCACCCUGUCAAUCCAGCGGUGUUUGUUGAAGUGGAAGGGUGCCUGGUAGCUCAACCCGAGUGUUCAGGCAAUGAAGAAGGAGGAAGCUGUGAUCACCUUCUCUUGUUUGAUUUAAUCAAUGAGGUCCUGCUAGAAAUCUACGAGAGAUCGUUUUGCUACUGGCCGAUGCCUCUGACUAGCCGGUCACGUAUGCAUCAAAUGCCCAAGGGUCACCGUGUUUUGGAAGAGGUCUGGACAGAAAUAAGUUGGUUGCUGAGCUGUAAGCUUGAAUUUGAUCAAGCCAUAGAUGAUGCUGUGAGCCGGGAUUUGAGCAAACAUGAUGGUUGGAUGAAUCUCCAAUUUGAUGGCGAGUGUGUGGCGCUUGAGGUGGAAGAUCUAAUACUUGAUGAUCUUAUUGAAGAGAUGAUUUCCACCUGAGUACCGAUUUUAUGUUAGUUUCAGGUGUAUCUGUCUCUUAUCAUGCCAUUAGCCUUAGUAGGUCAAAGAAUUAGGACAAAUAGGAGCGGUUCUUGACAAGUAUAUAUAUAUUAAUCAUAUUGUAUAGAUUGAAGUGUAUGAUCAUUCUUUACUCCGGGAGGCAGCACCAUCAGUUCCUUGCUGCAAAUAGAUAACAAUAGGAAGAAAAAGAAUACGAUGCGAUCAGUAAUGAAUUACAGUUUGCAGUUGCAGGGAAACAAUGAUUUUAUGAUGAAGUGCUGAAGUCAUUGCUUUUGCAUAUUUCUUAUUCAAAAGAUAAUCAAGUAAAGCGAAGCUAUCCCCUGAUAUGCAAACCUUACUACUAUUCAAGUACCGAAUAAUGCAGUUUGUUCUAAUGGAUUUACGAAAUACAUGUUUGAGCCCUCUUUCUUGGAAAUGUUUGUGUAGUCAGGGUGCGAUGAGGAGUAGAAUAGUUUGAGAAGUAGUGAUCUGAGGGAAUGACGUCUUGGGUUCAAUCUGACAGUGAUAAAUCCUUUUAUCGAGAGUACUACUGGGUUGAUCUCAAACACAAUCUUUAGGCUUUGUUGGGAAAAAUGUUGGAAUCCUUGGAACUCAGGCUGACAUGAAUUCCCAAUGCAACAGGAUGGAAGAUCAAGCUGCUGCAGGUGGUGGAGUUGCUGAUGUUGUUGUUCAUCCCUUGGACAACGGAUAGAAGAGAAUCGCGUUUUUGCAUUCACGCCUUCCUUUGUAUUUUAGCCUUUUGUACAGUCAUGGGCUUAUGUCAUUUAUUCGGCAUGCUAUAGGUCCACGUAAGCAUGUUAGUUAGUUGCGGAUUAGUUAGACAGUUGGGAGGUAAUUCAGU